GUCGGGUGUUUGUGUUUACCUUUGGACAACUAACGUUAGGCUAUACUAUAGCUAGCUCUCCCUGACAUCAUAUACUGGUCACACUAGCUAGUUUAACAUUCAUUUUUCAUAGAUAGUUUUUUGAAUUAGUAAUCCCGGAAGUAACGAUACGAAUAAUUUAGUGUUGUGUGAUUAUGGGGUAGCUCAACUUCAUUGGCGUUAUCAUAUCAUUUUUGCUAAACUGGAAUAACGUUAGCCUAUAUUAGAUGUUACAUAAUCGUACGUUAAGAUAACGGGAUUCUAGUCCACAUUGGAAAGAAAAAGAUUACGUUAUGUAGGCUACUUUAAUAUAAGUCGCGUUUACACAAGAAACGUUCAACGUGCAAGUGUUACUUAAGUUGUUUUGUUAUUGCCAAUGGAAAGCUUAUCGAUGGUCGGGCUUCGUCUGACCCUAAAGCAAAGAUAUUUUCUCCUGCUGUGUUUUGCUGUCGGAGCGAUCAUUGCCUAUCAGUUUACAAGGAAUCUCCUUGAAGUAGAAAGAAUGAGCCGUGUGGAGGGUCUGAGGGCCAACUCGUCUCAGUUCACUCUGGAGAGAAAACCCUUCCACAUCCUGGGGGGGUCCAUCCAUUACUUCCGUGUCCCCAAAGGCUACUGGGAGGACCGGCUGCGAAAGAUGAAGGCCUGUGGCCUCAAUACUCUCACAACGUACGUGCCGUGGAACCUGCAUGAGCCUGAGCGAGGGGUGUUCAACUUUGAGGAUCAGUUGGAUUUAGAAGCCUACCUCCGCCUUGCAGCCAGCUUGGGCCUCUGGGUGAUUCUACGUCCAGGGCCGUACAUCUGUGCUGAGUGGGAUUUAGGGGGACUACCCAGUUGGCUGCUACGGGAUAAAAACAUGAAACUAAGAACAACCUACCCAGGAUUCACUGCUGCAGUCAACCCCUUCUUUAAUCAACUCAUGAAGAAAGUUGUUCCACAUCAGUACUCCAAGGGUGGCCCAAUUAUAGCAGUUCAAGUGGAGAAUGAAUAUGGCUCCUUUGCUAAAGAUGAAGAUUACAUGCCUUUCAUCAAGGAGGCAUUAUUGUCAAGGGGCAUCACAGAGCUGCUGCUGACCUCAGACAACAGGGAAGGACUAAAGCGUGGCGGAGUGAAAGGAGCACUAGAAACCAUCAAUUUCCAGAAACUCAACCCGAAUGACAUCAAGUAUCUGGAUGGAAUACAACCUAACAAGCCUAAGCUGGUGAUGGAGUACUGGUCUGGCUGGUUCGAUCUUUGGGGGGACCUUCAUCAUAUGUACACAGCUGAGGACAUGAUACCUGUAGUCACAGAGAUCCUUAAACUGGACAUGUCUAUCAACCUCUACAUGUUCCAUGGAGGGACAAAUUUUGGCUUCAUGAGUGGAGCGUUUGCUGUUGGAAUGCCAGCACCUAGACCUAUGGUCACAAGCUACGAUUACGAUGCUCCAUUAUCCGAGGCUGGGGAUUACACCACCAAGUACCAUCUUCUGAGGAAUUUAUUCAGCCACUACCACGCCCAGCCUCUACCUGAACUGCCCUCUAAUCAGGAAAGGAGAGCGUACCAGCCUAUUGUCAUCCACCAGCACCUGUCUCUGUGGGACAGUCUGCAUUUCACUGACAAGCCUUUGAAGUCAGAGAGGCCGGUGAACAUGGAGAAUCUCCCUGUCAACAACAACAAUGGUCAGUCUUACGGCUACACUCUGUAUGAGACCACCAUGACCAGCAAAGGAACUCUCAACUCACAGAACAACAUCAGAGACCGAGCACUGGUUUUUGUGGACAAACAUUUUGUUGGUGUUCUGGAUUAUGAGACGCAAGAACUUCCACUCCCUGAUGGGAAGGGAAAAAGAACUCUAAGUUUACUGGUUGAGAACUGUGGAAGAGUGAAUUAUGGGAAAACCCUGGAUGACCAGCGCAAAGGUCUUGUGGGAGAUAUCGAGUUAAACAAGCGCCCCCUCAGUGACUUCAUUAUUCGCAGUCUGGAUAUGAAGCCAGGCUUUGUAAACAGACUUGAGAGUUCAGGCCACUGGAUGUCUAUGCAUCAGCGGCCCUCCUUCCCAGGGUUUUUCCAGGCCAGACUCUAUGUGAACAGUUUUCCUAAAGACACUUUCAUCAAGCUCCCUUCACUGGUUAUGUUCACAGGGCUGGAGCAAAGGUGUAGUGUUUAUCAACGGCAAGAAUCUGGGUCGCUACUGGUCCAUCGGUCCUCAGCAAACCCUCUACGUCCCAGGUCUCUGGCUUCACAAGGGGGACAACCAGGUCAUAGUGUUUGAAGAGCAGGAAACAGAUGGGAAGAUUCAGUUUGCCAGCAGUCCGGACUAUGGCAUGACAGUUGAUGUCCAGUGAGGACACGAGGCGAGAGGGGAGUGUGGAUGAAGAGAGGAGGAUGAGGGGAGAAUAGCUGGGGAGAACACAAUUGAGGCGAUCGCCCCAAGCUUUGUAUACUCAGGCACUGACACCCCCAAAAGUGGCACACGUCAGUCAGUGAACAUGUUAUUUUGUGUCCUAUCAGAAGACCCCAACACAGCAGUGUUACAGACCACUUUUUCAUUUAGUGACUGUAUUUAUGAAAUUCUUUAAAUCCUUUUUGUUCAAUUUAGUAACAUUAUCAUUAACCUGCAUUGAAACUUAUUUAUAAACUUAAUUACUCCAUAAUUGGAGACCAUUGGACUUUGUUUGAUUAUAAUAAAGUGUUGUAAAAUA